CUGACAGUCUUGACAGACAAUGAUGAAGUAUUGCAAUGCUGUGGUGUCUAUUGUUAUUCUAUCACUAUCAGUUUUACACUGUGGUCAUACCUCAAAAGGAAUAUUUAAAACUGCAACAGAAGACAUAAAUGACACAGCAAGUUGUCAUGAAAACUACAUGGUCAUUCACAUUGCAAAAGAACCAUUUAAAAAUUUGCAAUUCACUAUUUAUGUCAAAGGUAGGUUGCAAAUGAGCAAGGCAGGCACUUCAAAGCAACAGAUAUUGCUUUCCCUUGCCACUACUUCAUUGAUGAAACAAGCAGCUUCCUACUAUUAGCUGUACCUUAUUAUGGCUGUCUCGUCAAAAGACAAGGCAGUAUUGCAAGUAUGACCGUUGUCAUCAAAGCUUUGGCAAAAGGGGGACAGGUAGAGAUCAACAAGACAGUGCCUCUUAUCUGCACCUUGACAACUGUUACCAUUAAAGAAAAAAUCAACACAGUCGGAAAUGCACCUCAUAGACAUUAUCCAAAACAUUGCGACAAGGAUGGCUUUACCAUUACCAUCAACCAGAAUGCCACUGUCCCACCUCUGAACCUGGACACAGUGCACAUUGUGUCUCACCAAAGUCCCAGUUGCAAGCCCCAAACCAAGACUUCUGACUCUGUCACCUUCCGUUUCCCAUUCACUUCCUGUGGCACUCAAUUCUUGAUGGAUCACGAAAAAGUUAUUUAUUGGGUGAAAGUAGAAGCACAGCGACUUUUGAUGCAUAAACAAGAAUCUACAUUUCGCAAUGCCCCUUUCAGAUUGACAGUGCGUUGCAGCUAUGCCUUGACCAGAGUGUCCCAAAUUGGGAUGGAGGUCUACAGGGAGAGGGCCGAACAAUCCUCAGCACUGAAAAGUGAAGGAAUUCUUCGGGCUGAAAUUAGGUUUGCUAAAGACUCCUCCUACAGUUCCUUCUACUCAAACAAAGACCUCCCAGUGAAGCUCAAGCUCGGGAAGCCAGUGUAUGUGGAGGUGUUUCUUCUAAAAUGUGAAGACAAGGAGCUAAAGCUCCGAUUAGAAGAUUGCUGGGCCACAACCAGUGAAGACCCACUUGACCAACGUAGAUGGAACCUUCUGGUUAAAGGGUGUCCCUUUAGCGGUGACACCCACAGAACAGUGGUCCUACCAGUAGUCCCUAGUAAGAUCAUAAAGUAUCCCUCUCAUCACAAGUGGUUUAUAGUCAAGCAGUUCGCUUUUGUGAAACCCAGUCAGUUCCAACAAUUGGUAUACUUCCAUUGUGAUGUAGAGGUCUGCAAAGAACAUGACUGCUCAAAACCCUGCAACAGAAGCAGGCAGCGCUUGGAGAGGCAGAGAAAGACAGUUCAGAAGUAUACCACUGUCUAUUAUGGACCUCUUGAACUAGUAUUGUGAAUUUGGGACAAAAUUGACUUGAUUGCUUUCCAUAGUAGGCUAUUAUAAUUUAAGAACUCCCAAUGAGCUGUACAUUAUUCGAUAUAGUUGACUUUAAUAUGGCAUACUUUGGCGAUAUCUGUACUACGUAAUCCCCAAUAUCUUCUAAAACUGUUGGCAUUAAUUAAAUGUUGUAAUAUUUUGCGCUAUUAAACAGUAUC